AUGGAGCUGUAUGCUGUCAAGAUUUGUGAUUUAAGUGGUAUUACUGAGGAGAAUGACAAACAAAACCUUUUAUUGGAAACCAAAAACAUGAUAAAAGUUCGCUCCGUAUUUGCCAUCAAGUACUACAACUCGUGGAUAGAAAGCGAUAGUCUAUACAUACAAAUGGAGUUGUGUUUGGAUUCAUUGAAAAACUUAUUACAAUUAAAGCGAAAACUUUUCUCUACAAAACCGCCUAAUCGGAUGACUAGUUUUGAGGUUUAUAUAUCUCUGGAGAUAUUUCGUGAACUCACAGAAUGUGUGCAAUAUAUGCACGAAAAGCGUAUCAUUCAUAGAGACUUAAAACCGGAUAACGUGUUGAUAGCGCUGGAGGAGCCGUUAUAUUACAGCAAAACGCGCCUAAAGUUAUGCGACUUUGGUUUGGCUAAAGAGGCGCUGAGUAUUGGUGCGUACGUUAUGUCGGACGACGUGGGAGACCCCCGAUAUCAGGCACCGGAGGCCAUGGGCACUGAUUACGACCACUUGGCAGAUGUCUAUAGUCUGGCGCUUAUUGGUGCAGAAAUUUUUGUUCACUACAACAAGUAA